AUGAACUCUAAUGUUCUUGUUCUCAAGGAUUCGUUGAAGCGUGAAUCUGGAACAAAGGUUCAUCAUGGUAAUAUUCAGGCUUCCAAGGCUGUGGCUGAUAUCAUUCGUACUACAUUGGGUCCUCGCUCUAUGUUAAAGAUGCUUCUUGAUGCUGGUGGAGGAAUUGUUGUUACCAAUGAUGGAAAUGCUAUUCUGCGUGAAUUAGAUGUUGCUCACCCUGCAGCUAAGUCGAUGAUUGAAUUGAGCCGCACACAGGACGAAGAAGUUGGUGAUGGAACUACAUCCGUUAUUGUUCUUGCUGGUGAAAUGUUACAUGUUGCCGAAGCAUUUAUUGAGAAGAGUUACCAUCCCACUGUCAUAUGCCGAGCAUAUAAUAAGGCUCUCGAGGAUGCUAUCGCUGUUCUUGACAAGAUUGCCAUGACAAUCGAUGUCAAUGACCGUGCAACCGUACUAGGAUUAGUCAAGAGCUGCAUAGGAACAAAAUUCACUAGCCAAUUUGGAGAUCUGAUUGCUGAUUUGGCUAUUGAUGCCACCACUACCGUUGGUGUUGAUCUUGGACAAGGUUUAAGGGAGGUGGAUAUUAAAAAAUACAUUAAGGUUGAGAAGGUCCCUGGUGGUCAGUUGGAGGACUGCAAGGUUCUCAAAGGAGUCAUGUUUAACAAAGACGUUGUUGCUCCUGGUAAAAUGAAGAGAAAGAUUGUCAACCCAAGGAUUAUUCUUCUUGACUGCCCCCUUGAGUACAAGAAAGGUGAAAACCAAACCAAUGCCGAGUUGGUUAGAGAAGAGGACUGGGAAGUGCUGUUGAAACUGGAAGAGGAGUACAUCGAGAACAUCUGCGUGCAAAUACUAAAGUUCAAACCCGAUUUGGUAAUUACCGAGAAGGGACUUAGUGACUUGGCCUGUCACUAUUUCAGUAAAGCUGGGGUUAGUGCAAUCCGAAGGUUGAGAAAGACGGACAACAACAGAAUCGCUAAGGCGUGUGGAGCCGUGAUUGUGAACAGGCCUGACGAACUUCAAGAGUCUGAUAUUGGUACCGGCGCUGGCUUGUUUGAGGUCAAGAAGAUAGGAGAUGAUUUCUUUGCCUUCAUUGUUGAUUGCAAAGAACCUAAAGCAUGUACUGUACUCUUAAGAGGACCAAGCAAAGAUCUCCUCAACGAAGUGGAAAGAAAUCUUCAGGAUGCCAUGUCUGUUUCAAGAAACAUCAUCAAGAACCCAAAGCUUGUUCCUGGCGGCGGAGCCACAGAAUUAACGGUAUCUGCCACUUUAAAGCAGAAGAGUGCAACAAUCGAAGGAAUCGAAAAGUGGCCUUAUGAAGCAGCUGCUAUAGCUUUCGAGGCUAUUCCGCGUACUCUAGCUCAGAACUGUGGAGUUAACGUUAUCAGAACAAUGACAGCAUUGCAAGGAAAGCACGCAAAUGGUGAGAAUGCUUGGACCGGAAUUGAUGGGAAUACCGGUGCAAUAGCUGACAUGAAAGAGAGCAAGAUAUGGGAUGCGUACAAUGUGAAGGCACAAACGUUUAAGACAGCAAUCGAAGCAGCGUGUAUGCUUUUGAGGAUUGAUGAUAUAGUGAGUGGAAUCAAGAAGAAGGCACCUCCUGGAGCUGGACCUUCAAAGCCUACCAUUGAGACAGAAGGAGAUGCAGACAACGAGCAAAUACUUCCUGACUAG